AUGCAGCCAAAUAAAAUCAGCAGAGAAAUGAAAAUAAAAAACAAUAACCAGCAAACUGUCGACGUCUAUGUGAGAUUGUGAUGGAGAGAAAUGCACACCAAUGCAGCUCUUGAAUUCGUUCUCUUAAUUCUCGGAAUCAAAAUCGCUUUUAUUAACUGCGUGAUAUAUGGUUUAUGUUUUUUUUUUCUUUCUGUAGGCCGUUUAUUAGAAAUAGUAAUUACUGUAACCUAAGAUUCAAAUCUAUUUUAUAUCGAACUGUUCGGUAACUUAGUCUAAUAGUAACGGUUUUAAAAAGGCACUUACGAUGUGCUUGUUUAUGCUGUGCAGAUAUAGCCCAGCAGUAUCUAAAAGCAUCGCCUACAUCGGAUUGAAAUCACUGGCGCUGCUUAAUCUUGUUGUUUAUAUAAAAAAUAAAUCAUAGAACCAUUACAUUCUGACCAAGUCUAUUUAGUAUGUUAGGCAGCGGGCUAUAGGAACGUUUUCUGGCUCUAUAGCCACAUAGUGUAUGCAUAUGUUUACUGUAUCGAUUUUAUAGGCCACUCUUAUUUAACGACAGAACAAAGUGUGUUUAUGUCAAUUUGCUUUUUGACAUAAAACCACCCGCGCGCAACGACUGUUUUUUUUAAUCGUUAGGUUUUAUUUAUUUAUUUUCCACAGUGCUGUAUUUCGUUACAUUGCACUCGCUAAUUGAACGUCUUGAACUGAAAAACGUUCGCUUUAAAGAAAUGGAUACAAUAUUUGCGCAGGUGUUACAGAGCUUGUUAAACAAGUUGGGAACAAAUAAGUAUUUGUCAAAUAUGUUGUCAAUAGUUGUGGGCAACACAGACAGCCCGCAGCUCUAUAGAAAUCCCUAAAGACGUGUUAUUCCGUUUAAGUAGUAAUAUAACCAGACAGGUGAUAUUGUCAGCCGGUAUUUAUUAUUGGCAGGAACUUCGUUUUGAGUAAAGUACACGAACAGCGGCUGGUUGCUCAGCCAGCACCUUGCAUCAGCAGCCUGCUACCCUGUGUCUGUGCCACUGAAGUGGUGAUGGACAGCGGACACGCUGCCGCUGCGCUCUUCAACAUCUCAGCACACUAGUCGAGGGCAGCGUGUACUCGGAAUUACGUGCUUUUUCAGCAUAAGAAGCUUACCUAACCACAGAUGUAGAUGUCAGGCUUUCACCGGUCCAGAUAUGUGUGGACAGCUAGCCUGCACUGAGAGACUGAAAUCAGGAAACUCGUGCGUAAAGAGAUCUGAUGCUGAUGUUGCUAAAUCAUAGCCUCGCGUAUAACCGGAAAGCGAGAGCAGCGGCGGAAUUAGACCUGCUGACUACUGACAAGAAGUUUUCUAGUCUUUGGACACUGAUGCAGUCCGGAAUCUGCAGCCGGUGGCGGAGCUUUCCAGACUUUCUUCCUCACUAGAACCAAGUUGUUUUUUUUUUAAUGCUUGUGAGCGCUGCACCGGCGGGGGCUGAUGAUGGCUAGGCUCAGAGUGUCCUAUGAGUACUCGGAGGCGGAGGAUAAAACGAUCAGGCUCGGGCUGUUCCUCAUCGUCUGCGGGAUCGUGUCCCUCUUCAUCCUGUGUUUCUGCUGGCUGAAUCCCACCCUGCAGAAUAUGCAGUGCAAGCCUGUCAACUGCACCGUGCUGUCCGUGCAGCAGAGCGGGGAGAUGUUCGAGUGCACUUUCACGUGUGGGGUGGACUGCAAAGGCACUUCGCGCUACCCCUGCCUCCAGAUCUAUGUCAAUAACUCGGAAUCCUACUCCCAAGCACUGUUGCAUUUCAACGAACAGCAACUUCUUAUCAACCCAAAGUGUUCGUACCUUCCUCCAUGUGCAAGAGACAACCAGAAGAACACGGACAGUGUGCUGAAGAAGCAGCAUGACUGGACUAAGAACAUCUCCCAGUCCUUCACGUGCUUCUUCGACCAACAGAGAAGACCAGACGACGUGCUGCUGGAGCGCUCCCACGACGAGAGCGUGCUCCUGCACUGCGUGCUCUGGCCCCUGGUCAGCCUCCUGGUCGGGGUCCUGAUUGUGGUCCUCACCGUCUGUGCCAGGAGUCUGGCCGUCCGCGCAGAAGCCCUCCAGAAGAGAAAGUUCUCCUAGAGAGAAGAAUUGGGGCGAGAAGUGGCUGUCGGCAGCCUGGGGUGCAGAGGAAAGGAGGAGCUGCUGAGGAAAAUAAAUAUUUACUAUUCCAUCUCUGACUGGACAAGCGAUAGGAUCAGCGUGCCGUCUGUCACUGCAGAGGCCGCCCCCUGCCCAUAGUCAAACUUGCUCACGAUAUAUAUAUAUAUAAAUUAUAUUAUGACUGGCUUAGACUGUACACAAUGGCAAUGUAUGUCUAUAAAUAUUAUAUAUACCAUCCUGUCGCUGUAUAGAAACAUUGCCCCUUGUAACAAAGUGGCCUUUCCGACUCCCCCUCAGUUACAUCUCUCCACAAGUCUAAUGACGUAUUCCACUCCCAUAUCCUGAGUCACUCCAUUGCACCGGUCCCCUGCCUGCUAGCCGAUGUAUUGGAUUCAGUUCAGUAUGAUGUUGGCUGCUGUGGAUCUGGUUCCAAACUGAUACUUCAGUCCAGACCCAGCCCAGGCCACAUCUCUCUCCCAUCUUUACCAGACACGUGCAGAAGCAGGAGAGGCAAUAAACAGGCACUCCUACAGUGGUUCAAAUUGAAAUACCAUUUCUGAAAGCUCAACUUGAGUUUAUGUAUGUAGUCUAGUAUACAAUCUGACCAAGAUAAUUGUUUAAUCUUCCACUGUGAUAUGUGUUUAUUUAUUUCAAACAUCUACACUUUUACAAUUUGUGUUCAUAAUCUUUAACACUUUUUGUUUUGUUAUAAAGAGUAUUACCAUCAAUAAAGUUGGUUUAUGCUCUAAAUGUCUGCAAUAAGGACUGGAUUGUGCUCCUCAAUGUGAAUUAAAUAACCCAGUAAAGCUUUUGCUAAUAGGGUCUAGAAUACAAUAAAGAGUUAAACAUUAUUGAUCUUGCACAAAACAGGAAAAAAAAAUUCUGGCUGUUCUAAGAUAUGAAAGAUGUUGAAAGGUAUGCCCCACAAUCAUUCAGUUCCACACUAAUAUAUGGCACUCAGAAUAUGCUAAGCAUCACAUGACCUCGCUCAGCAGCCACUUUUUUUCUGGAGCAGUCCCACAGCACGAGCUGGCAGCUCCUCUAGGUUUGAGUGUCGCUGGCCCUACGCUGCUGCUCCGUGUUGCAAGAACCUCUGUUUAAAUGCGUGGGUGUUACAUGAGCAAUCACCGGCAGAUCACCCACACCUGAUGCCUGCGUGAUGUGAGGAUCAUGAGGACUUUCCUAAUCGACAGCGUGCAUCAUCAGGAUUGGAGUCUGGUUUUACUUCUGCAGGCUAGGAACUAAAAAGUGACCCUUUGCAAAUGUAUAGUAGUAGUGAAUCUGCCUGUCAGGUUAGUACUGUCUUAAUCUAGACUUUUGAGCACAGUUCUCCAACAGCAGACUAUUUUGAACGCCCUGUAUAAUCCUUCACUUUGAAAACUGACAUGCACACAAGGGUUGAUGUUUGGCAUAGCAUUUGUUACAAGCCAAAAGCCCUGGAAAUGAAAAUUCAGCGAUCCGUCUGUGACUCAUAGCCAUUAACACUUGUACUGUAAUUAUUGAGAUCUAUUAACAAUGUAAUUUGUGCAACAUUUUGGUACAUGUGUUAUUACAGGGCAUUGGGGUUUUCAACGUGAGUCUGAACAUAGCUUAACAGUGUUUUUCAUAUAUAUCAUAUAUAGAUGUGUGUGUGUGUGUGUGUGUUACAGACAUAUUGUGAAAUCAGGCUUUAUAGACCCAGACUACACAGAAUGUGUCUCUUAUAUCAUAAGGGGCAUCUCUGACAGUACAUACAUAUUUUAUGAAGUGAUUUUUAUUUCUUUUUUUUUACAUGAAAACUUACUAAGAGGCUCUGCAGUAAACUUCAACAAAAAAGCGUCAUAAUCUAAAUAUUUUAGCACAGAAUAUUUUAUUAAAUUAUAUUCUGCAUUAUUGUAACACUAGUUAAAUCUCAGACUUCAGAUUUACUUGAACUGGUGAGACCGCCUCUCUUGAAAGGUUUUUUUUAUUACCAAUACAAAGCAUUUUUGUGAUUUAAACAUUUUUUAGGAACUAGAAUUCAUGGAUGCAUAGCACCAUUUUUAAAUUAAAUUUGGGAUCAGGAAGAUGUGGGACCAACUUUAACACCAAACUGGAUACAACUAAAUGCAACAAAAAUGUUUGCGUUAAUAAUACCAAAUGACCAGGGAUGAGGCAUUUCACGUAAUGCCUGACUACUAUUUCGUGAAAUGCCUGAUUUCACAAUAUGCCUGUAACAUACAUAUAUAU